AUGGUUGCUCCAUGGGGAGACUGUUCUUCAAUGGGAAGAAGGAAGCUGCUGCAGCUGAUUUUGCUUCACACAGUCUGGUUGAUGGGGAGCGGCCAGCUCCAUUAUUCCGUGCCUGAAGAAUCCCAGCAUGGCACCUUUGUGGGCCGCAUUGCCCAGGAUCUGGGGCUGGAGGUGGAGGAGCUCAUGCCUAGGAUGUUCCGGAUGGAGUCCCAAGGAGAUGGGGACUAUUUCAAGGUAAAUGAGCAGAAUGGGAUUUUGUUUGUUAAUUCUCGGAUAGACAGGGAGGAGCUGUGUGCCAAGAGCCCUUUGUGCUCCAUCCACCUGGAGGUGAUUGUGGAUAAACCCCUGACAGUCUUCCAUGUGGAAGUGGAGAUUGCAGACAUAAACGACAAUGCCCCCGUUUUCUCAGUCAGAGAGCAGAAUUUAGCUGUCUUAGAAUCGAGGGUGCAAGGUUCCCAUUUCCCAAUAGAAGAAGCUUCUGAUGCAGACAUUGGUAGCAACGGCCAGGUAAACUACAAGCUCAGCCCCAAUGAAUAUUUUUCUGUGGAAGAGAUAAAGAAUUAUGAGCACAGCAAGUCUUUGGUUCUGACAUUAAAAAGACCACUGGAUCGUGAAGCAUCCGCAGAGCAUCAGCUGCUGCUUUCAGCAUCAGAUAGUGGGCAGCCAUCACUCACAGGCACAGUCCUGCUGACAAUCACUGUGGUCGAUGUCAAUGACAAUGCACCUGCCUUUAACCAAUCAGUUUACAAAACUGAAUUAUUGGAAAACUCUGCAAGGGGAACAUUAGUUAUUAAAUUGGAGGCAAGCGAUUUGGACGAGGGGAUUAAUAAAGAGAUUUCCUAUUCACUUAGCAACCUUGUUGCUCCCAGUAUAAAGGAAAUGUUUAGCAUAGAUCCUAAUAAUGGAGAACUUAGAGUGAAAGGAGCUGUGGAUUUUGAAGAGAGUACAACAUAUGAUAUUCAAAUUGAAGCAACAGAUAAAGGUGGUUAUCCUUUGUCUGGACAUUGCAAGGUUCUCAUUAAGGUUUUGGAUGUGAAUGACAAUAGCCCUGAGAUGUCACUGAAGUCUCUAUCUGUGCCAGUUGCAGAGGACUCCCCACCAGGGACAGUGGUGGCUCUGAUCAGCAUCUCAGACAGGGACUCUGGGGCUAACGGGCAAGUGAGCUGCUCUGUGACACCCUCCCACCUACCCUUCAAGCUAUUGUCCACUUUCAAGAAUUACUACUCUCUGGUGGUGGCUGAGCCCUUGGACCGGGAGCGGGAAGCAGAAUACAAGCUGGUAGUGACUGCCCAGGAUCAAGGGACUCCAUCGCUGUCAACCAGCAGCACCCUGGUGGUACCCAUUGGCGAUGUGAACGACAACGCUCCUACUUUUGCUCAGACUUCCUACACGGUCUUUGUGAAGGAGAACAACCCACCCGGUGCCCACAUCUUCACAGUGUCUGCCUCGGACCCAGAUGUGGCUGAGAACAGCCUGAUCAGCUACUGGCUGGAUGAGAAGCUCUGGCCCCUGUCGAGCUACAUCUCGGUGCACUCAGAAAGUGGGAAGCUCUAUGCUCUUCAGCCCUUGGACUACGAGGAGGUGAAGCUGCUGGAGUUCCAAGUGAGGGCCAAGGAUGCUGGGCUGCCCUCCCUGUGUGGCAAUGUGACGGUGCAAGUCUUUGUGGUGGAUGAGAACGACAAUGCGCCAGCUGUGACUGUACCAGUAGAGGAGGCUCCCAGCCUGCUGGUGGUCCCCCUGACAGCUGGGCAUGUGGUGGGCAAGAUUCGUGCCCUGGAUGCUGACUCUGGCUACAACGCAUGGCUGCGCUAUGAGAUGCAUGAGGGGUCCAGUAGGCUUUGGCGGGUGGGACUGUACAGUGGUGAGAUCAGUACAGCACGUGCCCUGGAGGAGGCAGAGGGCAGCAGCAGUCAUAGUUUGCUGGUUGUGGUGAAGGACCAUGGGAAGCCUGCUUUGUCAGCCACCGCCAUGCUGAGUAUUUCGUUGGUGGCCAGUGUCCAGGCCCUCCCAGCUGAUGCCCGGCUUCCCAGAAGGGGAGGGAGCCCCAGUCCCCUGGCGGAGAACAUCAACACCUACCUCAUCAUAGCCAUCUGUGCAGUGUCCAGCUUGUUCCUGCUGGCCAUCAUUGCAUAUAUGGCCCUGCGGUGCCAUUGCCAGCCUAAGGAGGCUGUGGUGUAUGGUCCUGGAACAGCCACGCUGGUGUGUGCCAGUGAGGUGGGAAGCUGGUCCUAUUCAAACCGUCACAGUCACAUCUUAGGGGGCGUCACGGGAGACUCCAAUGGCAAAAGCGACCUCAUGGUUUUCACCCCCAACAUACCUGCUUAUGCAGAAAAUGGAAAGCAGCAGGAUCUGCUCUGUGCAAUGGUUAGUAAUCCCUCUUUUAAUUCAUAUAGUUUGUUCACAACAUUUGUAAACCACAGCUCAAUGGAGACGGGGAGAAGGCAGAUGCUGCAGCUGAUUUUGCUUCCCACAGUCUGGUUGAUGGGGAGCGGCCAGCUCCAUUAUUCUGUGCCUGAAGAAUCCCAGCAUGGCACCUUUGUGGGCCGCAUUGCCCAGGACCUGGGGCUGGAGGUGGAGGAGCUGGUGCCUCGGAUGUUCCGGAUGGUUUCCAAAGGACAGGAGGACUAUUUUGAGGUAAAUGUUCAGAAUGGUGUUUUGUUUGUGAAUUCCCGAAUUGACAGGGAGCAGCUGUGUGCUCAGAGUCCCAUUUGCAUCAUUCAUCUAGAGAUGAUUGUGGACAAGCCUCUCAGGAUCUUCCAUGCGGAGGUGGAGAUCAGGGACAUAAAUGACAAUGCCCCCAUUUUCCCAGUAAAUGAACACCAGCUAUUUAUUUUGGAAUCUAGGCUGCUGGGCUCCUAUUUUCCACUAGAGGGAGCUUCAGAUGCCGAUAUUGGUUCAAAUGGUCUGCUUACCUACAUCCUUAGUCCAAAUGAUUAUUUUCAGCUACGUGAAGAAAAGCAUGGAGAUCUCAGUAAAUCUUUAGCACUCGUGCUAUACAAUGCCCUGGAUCGAGAAAAAAUCUCUGUACAUCAUUUAUUACUUACUGCCACUGAUGGGGGACAACCAGAGCUAACUGGUUCGGUGCAGCUGAAGAUAACUGUACUAGAUGUAAAUGAUAAUGUACCAAUGUUUAACCAGUCUGUGUAUGAGGUGCAUCUGCUGGAAAACGUCACAGAGGGAACACCAGUCAUCACUUUGGCUGCUUAUGACUUGGAUGAAGGAACGAAUAAAGAAAUACUGUAUUCAUUUAGCAAUAUGAUGCCUGCCCAUUUAAGGCAGUCUUUUUCCAUAGAUUCCAACACCGGUGAAAUCAAAACCAAAGGAAAGAUAGACUUUGAAGAUAUUAACUUAUUUGAAUUGCAAGUGGAAGCUGCUGAUCAAGGGUCCUACUCUUUGGUCGGACACUGCAAAGUUCUGAUCCAGGUUUUGGAUGUGAAUGACAAUGCUCCAGAACUGUCUGUGACAUCCAUGUCUGUGCCGGUGCCAGAGGACUCCCCACUGGGGACAGUGGUGGCCCUGAUGAGUAUAUCGGACAGCGAUGCAGGCAUCAAUGCUCAAGUUAGUUGCUCCCUGUGGCCACAUGGACUUCCCUUCAGGCUGAUAUCCACCUUUAAGAAUUACUACUCACUGGUGCUGGCUGAAUCCCUGGACCGCGAGGAGGUGGCUGAAUACAGGCUGGUGGUGACAGUCCAAGACCAAGGGACUCCAUCACUGUCAGCUAGCAGCAGCCUUGUGGUGCCCAUCGGUGAUGUGAAUGACAAUGCACCUGCUUUCCCUCAGCCCUCCUACACGGUCUUUGUGAAGGAGAACAACCCACCGGGUGCUCACAUCUUCACCGUGUCUGCCUCAGACCCAGAUGUGGCUGAAAACGCCCUGGUCAGCUACUGGCUGGAUGAGAAGCUCUGGCCCCUGUCGAGCUACAUCUCGGUACACUCAGAAAGUGGGAAGCUCUAUGCUCUUCAGCCCUUGGAUUAUGAAGAGGUGAAGCUGCUGGAGUUCCAAGUGAGGGCCAAGGAUGCUGGGCUGCCCUCCCUGUGUGGCAAUGUGACGGUGCAAGUCUUUGUGGUGGAUGAGAAUGAUAAUGCACCUGAAGUUUCUAAGGCAGCAGAGGCCCCCAUCCUGCUGGUAGUUCCUGUUACUGCAGGACACAUGGUGGGCAAGAUCCGUGCCCUGGAUGCUGACUCAGGCUACAAUGCCUGGUUGCACUAUGAGCUGCAUGAAGGAAGUAGUAGCUCCUGGCAUGUGGGACUGUACAGUGGUGAGAUUAGUACUACACAUGCACUGGAUGAGACAGAAGGGGUAGGCAAUAGCAUGCUUCUGUUGGUGCUGGUGAAGGACCAUGGCAAGCCUGUACUGUCAACCACAGCUACGUUGAGUAUUUCCCUGGUAGCAAGUACCCAGGCUGCUCAAGCUGAUGCCCACCUCUCCAGAAUGGGAGGGAGCCUAACGCCCCUGGUGGACACUACAAACAUUUACCUGAUCAUUGCCAUCUGCUCAGUGUCCAGCUUGUUCCUGCUUGCCAUCGUUGUGUAUGUGGCUCUGCGAUGCCAGUCUCAGCUCGAGGACGGUGCCAGGUAUGGUCCUGGCACAGCCACACUAGUGUGCGCCAGUGAAGUGGGUAGCUGGUCAUAUUCACAACGUCAUAGUCGCAACCUGGGAUGUGUGGCUGGGGAAGCUGGUACCAAGAAUGACCUCAUGGUUUUCAGUCCCAAUAUUCCUGUCUUUGCUGUGAACACAGGAGUAGGAAAUGCAAAGGAGCUUGUUCCAAAUUUAUCUGGAGAGAGUGGAUUUAAUUUUUAAAAACCAGGAAUAAGACCUACCAUUGCUAUGGUUGUUUUGCUCCGAUGCUGCUUGGUGAGAAGGCAGCUGCUGCAGCUGUUUUUCAUCUGCAUGGCUUGGGAGAGAGGGAGCGGCCAGCUCCAUUAUUCUGUGCCUGAAGAAUCCCAGCAUGGCACCUUUGUGGGCCGCAUUGCCCAGGAUCUGGGACUGGAGGUGGAUGAGCUGGUGCCUCGGAUGUUCCGGAUGGAGUCUCAAAGCCAAGGGGACUAUUUAGAGGUAAAUGUUCAGAAUGGGAUUUUGUUUGUUAACUCUCGAAUAGACAGGGAGGAGCUGUGUGGCAAAAGCCCUUUGUGUGCCAUUCACCUGGAGGUGAUUGUGGAUAAGCCUCUGAGGGUCUUUCAUAUUGAGGUGGAGAUCAAGGACAUAAAUGACAAUCCUCCUACAUUUCCUCAAAUAGAACAAAAUGUCUUUAUUUCAGAAAUGAGAAUGCCUGGAUCAUUUUUCCCUCUGGAGGGAGCUUCUGAUGCAGAUAUCGGUCCAAAUUCUCACCUCACCUAUACACUCAGCCCCAGUGAAUACUUUAGUCUAGAUGUUCAGAGGAAACAUGAUGAAAGUCAAUCACUAGCACUCCUUUUAAAAACCCCUCUAGACAGAGAGGUGAGAGCUAAGCAUCGUUUGCUGCUCACAGCCAUCGACGGGGGGAAGCCAGAGCUCAGUGGCACAGCACAGCUGGUGAUUUCCGUUCUUGAUGAAAAUGACAAUGCACCUGCCUUUAAUCAGUCAGUUUAUAAAGUCCAAAUGACAGAGGAUGUUCUAAGUGGGACAUUAGUGGUCAGAUUGAAUGCCACAGAUAUGGAUGAGGGAAUCAAUAAGGAGAUUACAUACUCAUUUCAGAACCGUGUGCCUGUUAAAUUAAAAAAUAUAUUUGCUUUAGAUUCUGUUAAUGGGGAAAUAAGAACAAAAGGAAAAUUAGACUUUGAGGAAAACCACCAAUAUGAGAUUCAGGUACAAGCUAGCGACAAAGGGAGCAAUCCAAUGACAGGAUAUUGCAGUGUUGUGGUUGAAGUGCUAGAUGUCAAUGACAAUGCCCCUGAGAUGUCAUUAAAAUCUCUCCUGGUGCCAGUGCCAGAGGAUUCCCUGCCUGGAAUGGUGGUGGCCCUGAUCAGUGUCUCAGAUCAGGAUUCUGGGGCCAAUGGACAAAUAAGCUGCUUCCUGCACCCCCCUGAACUUCCCUUCAAGUUGGUGUCCACCUUCAAGAAUUACUACUCUCUGGUAGUGUCUGAGCCUCUGGACCGGGAGCAAGUGGCUGAAUACAAGCUGCUUGUAACAGCUCAAGACCAAGGGACUCCAUCGCUCUCAGUCACCAGCAGCCUGGUGGUGCCCAUUGGUGAUGUGAAUGACAAUGCACCCACUUUUGCACAGCCAUCUUACACAGUCUUUGUGAAGGAGAACAACCCACCUGGUGCUCACAUCUUCACUGUGUCUGCCUCAGAUCCAGAUGUGGCUGAGAAUGCGCUGGUCAGCUACUGGAUCGAUGAGAAGCUGUGGCCCCUGACAAGCUACAUCUCGGUGCACUCAGAGAGUGGGAAGGUCUAUGCAUUGCAGCCCUUGGAUUAUGAGGAGGUGAAGCUGCUGGAGUUCCAAGUGAAGGCCAAGGAUGCUGGGCUGCCCUCCUUAUGUGGCAAUGUGACUAUUCAGGUUUUUGUGGUGGAUGAGAAUGACAAUGCACCUGCAGUGUCUGGGAUGGCAGAAGAAAACCCAGUUCUGCUAGUGAUCCCUGUGAUGGCCGGGCAUAUAGUGGGGAAAAUACAAGCCCUGGAUGCUGACUCAGGCUACAAUGCAUGGCUACGGUAUGAAAUGCAUGAAGGGACUAGUGGUCCUUGGCGAGUUGGGCAGUACAGUGGAGAGAUCAGCACUACACGUGUCCUUGAUGAGGGAGAGGUUAGUGGUAGUAGCCAGAAUCUGCUGGUCUUGGUGAAGGACCACGGGAAUCCAAUGUUGUCAGCUACUGCUACAUUAAGCGUGACACUGGUGGCAAGCACCCAGCUCACCCGUACUGAUGUUCACCUUCCAAGAACAGGAGGUAACCCAAAGCCUCUUGUGGGCAGUGCCAACAUCUACCUAAUCAUUGCCAUCUGCUCAGUGUCCAGCUUGUUUCUGCUUGCAAUCAUAAUAUACAUUGUCCUGCGAUGCCAGUCCCAGGCAAAGGAGGCUAUGAUAUAUGGCCCUGGCACAGCCACCCUCGUAUGUGCCAGUGAAGUGGGUAGCUGGUCAUAUUCAAAUCGUCAUAGCCAUAUCCUGGCAGGUGUGAGUGGUGAAGCUGGCAUCAAAAGUGACCUCAUGGUUUUCAGCCCCAACAUUCCUCCUCUGCAAGGCAGUGAGAAACAGGAACAAAUGCUUGGUGAUUCAUCAGCGCAGGUGAGUAAUACAUUCUGAGGAACAUUUGGGAACUUUUAUCAUAUGUAAUUGUAGCCAUUAAAUCAGCCUCACACUACUGAGUAUGACUGCUAUUGUG